UGUGUUCUUCUUCCUCGAUGAAGCGAAGAGUUUUCUUCUUUGAUCUCUGAUACAGCUACGGAGUUUCGAUGUCUUCAAUCCACGUUAAUCAUGGCUCUGUGAAUCUUCAAUCUGGCGUUAUGUCUUCGCUUAUGUAAAUGGAAAUGUUUCUCCUAAUUGAUUCAUCCUCUUUAUCGUGCUCCAUAACUCCAUCACCCCUCUACGAGCACGAUCUGUUAUUGAUGCACCUUAUUCCUCUGUAGAGCGGUGUCUCUAAUCCUAUAAAAGUCGCCAUUCCCUUCUUCGCCUUCGCCGUCAAUCAUCAAUCAUCAUCGCUCCUCUGACCGAUGAGCAGUAGGGGUUUCUUCAAUUGGUUCAAAGUAGAUGGCCGCUUCAAUCUCAACAAGACUUAUUUGCACUGUUGGAUCCUUUGCAGCUGUAGGACGUAGCAGCAUGAAUGCAUCUGAAAAUUUUUUAAGCUCUCCUCCAUGUAAUCUAAAGGUUGAUGUCUACAUCACUUCGAUUGCAUAUAAAGCCUCACCAAAUCGAAGUAGUCUUUUGGCUUAUACACAAAUAUCUUAUUGGCGUCAAUGUCGUUCUCGGAUACGAAGUACCACAAUCUUUUCUUUUUUGAAAUGCUCUCUUUGUGAUUGUAUCUAUGUUGAGUCUAAUCUACAGAUGGGAGCAGAUGGGGUUGGGGAAUACUCUACAAGCAAUUUUUUCUUGAGUUAUCUGAAGUUUCAUCAAGGAUUGCAAGGGCCAUUUCUUUUGCUUUGUCCUUUGAGCAUAACCGAUGGUUAGGGGUGAGAGAUAAAAGUUACACUCCAAAACUUGAAGUUUUUAGGUAUGUUGGUGAUAAGGAUUGCCGUAGGGAUUUGUAGGGAUUUGCGUAAGGUAAUGCAUGAUUAUGUUAACAAGGGCUCUAAUGUGUGAGUUAAACUUUUUGUCUUUCUCAAGAACUUCGG